AUGGGUCUUCCUUCAUUGUUGCUAGCGGCAGUCCUGCUAGGUGUAUACGCACUGUACAAGCAUUGGGCCGCAUCUCGUCGUCACAGGAUACCUACAGGUCUGAAGCCUUUACCAGGGCCAAAAGGCUACCCCAUCAUAGGCUCAGUGCCCGAGGUCCCUGAGAAGAACGGCUUCAUCAAGUUUGCAGACUGGGGCAAGCAAUAUGGUCCCAUAUACCAAUGCAACCUCGCCGGAGACAACCAUGUGUGGAUCUCGACAGAUGCUAUCGCCAGAGACUUGUUGUCCAAGAAGGCAGCCAUCUAUUCUGACAGACCACACAUUCCGUCGCUGAUCGAUGACAACCAGGGCCAUACGCGCCAAAGAAAAUUUGCAAACAUCAUCAUGCGCGAGUCGGAAAAAGCUACAUUCUAUCGAUACCCCGAAAUCGAAUCAAAGCGAAUGUUGACCGAGCUGCUGGAAGAGCCCGACCAGUACAACCACAUUCUUGAGUCUUUCAUCUCACGCGUCACAUGCCGACUGGCCUGGGGUCACAGCGAAGGCAGCGAUGAGCUGAAGCAGCGUGCGCGCGAACUUCUCAUUGGUGUCUCACCAACGGGCUCUCUGAGUAACAAACUCCCAUUCCUGAUGACACUGCCCGACUGGCUAUCACCACCAAAGGCAUGGGAAAGGCGGCGUGCAACCACCGAACGUACAUGGUUUCAGACCAUGCAAGAACAGGUGAUGAGCGAUAUACAGUCAGGCCAAGCGGCCCCCUCAUGGAUGAAGACUUUUCUUGAGGGUCGCAGCAAAUGGGGCUUCAAGUCCGACACUGAAGGAGCCUAUGCUGUUGGCAUGCACGGAAUUGCCGGUGCUCUCACCAUCGCCGCUCCUAUGCAGACAUUCUGUCUGGCAAUGACACAUUACCCACAGUUCCUACCUCUGCUACACGAGGAACUCGAUCGAGUCUGCGGCGACCGACUACCUCGUUCGGAGGACCGACCCAACCUUCCCUUCCUGCGGGCCAUCAUUCGCGAGUGCAUCCGCUGGCGUCCUCCAGUCCCCACCGGUAUUCCCCACUAUCUGAUUCAGGAUGAUGAGUACAAUGGCUACCACAUCCCGAAGGGCAGCACCAUACACCCAUUAGAAUGGGCUAUCUCCCGUGAUCCUGAACUGUACCCAGAUCCCGAAGCUUUCAACCCUCUUCGAUGGGUCAAGCCAGAAUACCCCACAUACCAAGAACCUCUUACACAAUACCCAACUAUAGUCAACUCGACACAGUUUGGUUAUGGACGGAGGACAUGCACUGGCCAGAACGUGACCGACGAAGAUCUUCUCAUCGGAAUCGGAUCUAUUGCUUGGUUGUUCGACAUCAAGAAGAGGCCUGAAGAUGCCAUUCUAGCCGUAACGGAGUCAGUGAAGGGACAUCCAUAUGGCUUGAACAGAAAGGCUACUAUAUCACACGAGGAGCUGAACGCCGGUAUUACUAACGAUGAGCACACCUUGGAGGAGAAGAUUCUUACCAAGUACACAUACCCUGGAUCUGAAGCUGCAUCCUCAAAGUCCGCAGCACCAGCUUACAAGCCCUUGGAAUGGGGCGAUAUCACCAAGAAGCCCGAGGACCCCACUCUCGACUACUCAAUCUUACUCAUCGCCAAGCCAAUACCUUUUAAAUUUGACCUCAAGCCACGCGACACUGUCCGGGCAAGUAGGGUCCAAGACCUGUUCCGAGAAGGCGUAGCAAACGGUGACUAUCCAGAAUCCCGGGAAUACUGGGGUGCAAAUCAGGGAAGAGAUAAAACUGUGGGCUGGAGCAAAGUGUGAGAAUCGAGACCUGCGUGAUCGGCAAGCCCUGCAGCUGCAGGCUUGGUGGUUUGUGUACAUGCCUGUCCAAAACCAUGGUGGGGAUCCGGUGCAGGCCCUACAGUGCGGAUAACGAACUUGAUGAGUAUAUAAUAGUAAUUUCAUAUGGGUCAGUCUGGGUAUUAACGAAGGAUUUCCAUGCUGUAUACCUUGGCUCACAUUGUUGGCGGUGUUGGCAGCUUUAUUAGAGGGCUUGGGUUAUUGCAGCUCAUUCAAUAGAAGCAUGAAUACUUGUUUUA